CGAAAAUCUACGCCAGACACUUUGUUCGCGAGACAGCAAUCUUUUCUUUCUUCCGCUUCACUCUAUAUUGCUUAAUAGCGAUUUAGGACUUUCCUUUUCUCUUCUAUCUCGUCAUUUUUCUCUCACUUCACACGUUUCUUUCCGGACACCGAACGAUUCUUAGCCAAAAAUGAGCGAGAUUGAGAACUCUACUAUCACCAGCAGCGCUGACCGCAUGGUCGGGAUGGACCAUGCUGAGGUACGCUACUUUACUAGCUACGACCAUCAUGGUAUCCAUGAGGAGAUGCUUAAAGACGAUGUCCGGACCAGGUCAUAUCGCGAUUCUAUCUACCAGAACCGCCAUAUCUUCAAGGACAAGGUUGUUCUUGACGUCGGCUGUGGAACAGGUAUUCUGAGCAUGUUCGCUGCGAAGGCCGGCGCUAAGCACGUAAUCGGCGUUGAUAUGUCGUCGAUCAUUGAAAAGGCCCGUGAGAUUGUUGCUGUCAACGGUCUAGCGGAUAAGAUUACGCUCCUUCAGGGGAAGAUGGAAGAGGUUCAACUUCCCUUUCCCAGCGUCGAUAUUAUCAUUUCGGAGUGGAUGGGCUACUUCCUCCUUUACGAGAGCAUGUUGGACACCGUCCUGUAUGCUCGUGACCGAUAUCUCGUUCCAGGUGGCAAGAUCUUCCCCGACAAGGCUACUAUGUACUUGGCCGGCAUUGAAGACGGGGAGUACAAAGACGAUAAGAUUGGCUUCUGGGAUAAUGUGUACGGAUUUGACUACAGCCCCAUGAAGGAGAUUGCUCUCACAGAGCCUCUUGUCGAUACCGUCGAGCUCAAGGCUCUUGUUACUGACCCCUGUCCGAUUAUCACAUUUGAUUUAUACACUGUCACUAAGGAGGACCUGGCUUUCGAGGUGCCCUACUCCCUGCCCGUGAAGCGCAGCGACUUUGUCCAUGCUGUAAUCGCCUGGUUCGAUAUUGAGUUUGGUGCCUGCCACAAGCCUAUCAAUUUCUCCACUGGCCCUCACGCGAAGUACACCCAUUGGAAACAGACUGUCUUCUACUUGCGUGAUGUUUUGACUGUCGAGGAGGAAGAGUCUAUCUCCGGCGUUCUUUCAAACCGGCCAAAUGACAAGAACAAGCGUGACCUCGACAUCAACCUUACGUACAAACUCGAAACGCAAGACCAGACACGUUUUGCGGAGGGUGGCUGUUUUUACAGGAUGUAA